GAGACAAUAUACAAUUGACAGGAGCAGCAUCAGGACCACAUCCACCUGAAUAACAGCAAGAGAGUCCGGACAAUCAGGACCAAGGACAGCGGCCUUCGCCUGCGCAAAGCCUGGGGGAAUCAUGACCAGAGAGGAUCCCCCUGAUUCUACCCCAGAGGAGAGCAAACUUCCCUUGGAGUUCCAGAGCCCAUUACUGGAGAAACGGAGAAGACCUAAAGUUCAUCCUUCAGCACCUGCACCACUGCCUAAGGACUAUGCCUUUACAUUUUUUGACCCCAAUGACCCAGCUUGCCAGGAGAUCUUGUUCGAUCCACAGACCAGCGUCCCUGAGCUUUUUGCCAUUAUACGGCAGUGGGUUCCUCAAGUUCAACACAAAAUCGAUAUUAUUGGCAGUGAGAUCCUAAAGAGGGGCUGUCAUGUAAACGAUAGAGAUGGAUUGACAGAUAUGACCUUACUACAUUAUGCCUGCAAAGCUGGAGCACAUGGAGUGGGUGACCCUGCAGCUGCUGUCAGACUGACCAAUCAGCUCCUGCUGCUGGGAGCAGACAUUACCCUGCGCAGUCGCUGGACCAAUAUGAACGCUCUGCAUUAUGCUGCCUAUUUCGAUGUUCCAGAACUUCUUCGCACUCUGUUAAAAGCAUCAAAGCCCAAAGUGCUGAAUUCCACCUGCAAUGAUUUUAACCAUGGAACUGCUCUGCACAUUGCUGCCUCCAAUCUCUGUCUCGGAGCUGUGAAAUGUCUGCUUGAACAUGGGGCAAAUCCUUCUGUUAGAAAUAGCAAGGGCCAAGUACCAGCUGACGUAGUUCCUGACCCUAUGGAUAUGGGCUUGGACAAGGCGGAGUCUGCUAUGAUUGCCAAGGAGCUGAAACAGCUGCUGUUGGAUGCAGUGCCCUUGACCUGUAACCUGCCCAAGGUGACAUUACCAAACUACGAUAACAUCCCUGGCAACCUAAUGUUGGCAUCUCUGGGAAUGAAAUUGGGCGACAGAAUACUGUUGGAUGCUGAAAAGGCAGGCACCCUCCGUUUCUGUGGAACCACUGAAUUUGCCAGUGGACAGUGGGUUGGAGUGGAGCUGGAUGAACCAGAGGGCAAAAAUGAUGGCAGUGUAGGGGGCAUCCGAUAUUUUAUUUGUCCCCCUAAACAGGGCAUUUUUGCUCCUGUGUCCAAAAUCAGCAAAGCCCCUGAUCAGCCACCAUCCUCAGUCACCUCCACUCCAAGGACUCCCCGUGUGGACUUCUCCCGAGUCACUGGGAAGGGGAGGAAGGAAAAGAAAGCCACACACAAAAAAUCGUUGAGUGUGGGGAGCCUGGACAAAGAGGGCCUAAAGAUUGACAUUGGGGACCAAGUUCUCGUGGCUGGCCAGAAACAGGGAUUUGUGAGAUUUUAUGGAAAAACUGAUUUUGCCCCAGGGUACUGGUUUGGCAUUGAACUGGAGAAACCAACUGGAAAACACGAUGGCUCAGUUUUUGGUGUUCGAUAUUUUACUUGCUCCCCAAAACAUGGAGUAUUUGCACCCCCAUCCCGGGUACAAAGGACGGGUGGACCCAAGGACCCCCAGACAGACAACAAUGGUAUGAAGAAGGUGCAUCAAGUUACUAUGACACAGCCAAAGCGUAACUUCACAACAGUGCGGACUCCAAAAGAAAUUGCUUCAGAAAACUCCAUCUCCAGGUUACUAUUCUGUUGCUGGUUUCCGUGGCUCCUCCGUGCUGAGAUGCAGUCUUAGAAACCUGUGUUCCUUUGCCACCUGUGUGUUGGGUCACACAAUGAUGCGCCCUUCUUUCUAUGUAUGCUGUCCUCUGGACCCUCCCCAGUGCCUUCUCCACAUCCUCCUGCCUGUCACCUCUGAUUUCUGCACCCACUGGAAGAAGGUGACAGGGGAGACUAUCAACCUGCGCAAGAUUAUGCCAGAAGGUGUGUGAGUGGAUCUGAGCUCUCUCUGUUCCCAACACCAGUCAUUCCACAGAACAUUCCAGACUGGCUCAAUAAAUUGCCCUACCCCCAAUGCCAAAUUACUAAAGCUUCUCUCACUCAAAAUGAACCCUCCCUCUUUACCAUAAGGUAAAACAAAAAUUGAGAAUAAUUGAAAGCUCCCAAUAGAUUCCCUGUUGUUGGGCAAAGAAAAAAUUCUUGACAUUGCAUGUAGUGUUUUAGAUUUUCUGUGCCCUGCAGUGUGGGAUAGGUUUCCCUAUUGGUAAGCAGUGAUUAUCUAGUAUUAACAUUUUACAGUUUAGAAACAUCUUCCUCUGUAUGGAGCAGUCUCAUUUGCAGAUGAAGGACAGUUUAUUAUUAGCGGUCAAUUCCAGCACUUUCUUUUAUAGGGCAACACUCUUAAUUUGGUUUACAUCCCACCAAAUAAAAGAUGAAUGGAUUUAUCUAAAGGGACAUUUUCUGCCAAAAUUAGCAUUGCUGUAAGUUCUGGUGGGGUGUUUAUCACUUGUGAUUCCAGAAUACUAUACCAUUUUGCUAGUUAAAAGAGAUGUUUUUAUGUGUAUUUUUUUUAUUUGCUAACAGUGUCCAUUUUAUUUUAUGCAUUAGAUGUUUUGCCUGAAAGAUGAGGUUAUUUGGGUAGAGGUAAAGAACAUCGGUCUAUAUAAAAUUCAGCAAAUUUGCAUUAAGGCCAACAAGACCUGGAUAAAAAGAAGUAGGGUGGGCACAUAAUCAUGGCUGCAUCCAAAAUACAAAAAUGUUUAGCCCCUGGAGUUUGGGGCCUCACGAUGGAGAAAUCCCACAGUUGAUUCUACCUUCAUAAACUAAGCUAAGCUUGCUUGCGUGAGGUUUUCUUUUUAUUAUUUGGGAAAUCACCCAAAAUGAGAUCUAGUUGCUGUCUCCUGAGGAAGGCAUACAAUCAUCAUUAGGAUGGCUCAUUUGUUUCAGAUGGAUCUUAUGUAACAAAUGAGCAUGGCCUUUCUAAUUGCUGCAUCUGUCCUGCAUGAAUUAUAAAACAACAGCAGAUUUAACUUACCAGAUAUGCAUAAAGGCAUUCCUACUAAUUAUUAAUUAUGCUAAGACUGUACCCAAGGGUGAAAGUAAACUUAUUUACAAAUGGGAACUGAACAUACGGCAUUAGAUAUACAGGCCAUUUAGAAUAUCGUAGCGAGUUAUCUUGUAAUGCUCUCGAGAUGAGCACGUAUUCAUAGCGACAGAUAAUGACAAAUAUCUGUCAUUAAAGCAACUACAUUUCCAAAAAUAAGUUCUUGUCCAACCCACUUUACCAAAAGUUGGAGCUUUUGUGCUACACACACAGUACAAAAUAUUAAUCCACCUGCAAGUCCUAUAAGAUGUUAUAAGCUACAGGGAUCCAUCACACUGGCUGUAGGAGAGAUGAAAAGGACAUUUUUUAUCCACUUGCAGUAUCUUAUAUGGACUAACAUAUGCAGCUUCCUCAGAGAAAGCUUGAAUGAAUAGAAGAGCUGAUAGGUUUUACACGUGUAUUGGACAGGAUCUGUAGGAGCGCUGUUCUAAUGAGCUCUACUGUAUCUAUUUUAAUGCCCCUGUAAUUAUUUGCGAUGAGGGCUACGCCACCUCGCGUAGCUUGUUAUUUACAGUAAAGGUUCCCUAUAAAUGUGCUGAAAAAUGGGCAUGAUUUAAAAAGUUGAUGGAAAAUGUAUAUUUGUUCCAUUAUCUUUUUAGCCCUAGAAUGAUGGUCCACUGUUAAAAAAAAUCAUAGCAUGAAAAUAAUAUUUAAAUAUGUGUUAAUUAAUCUACCCACAUUUCCAUUCUGACCGUCAUCUUACAUUAUAGGCUGAAGGAUUGUGACAUUAAGAAUAUAUAUGUAAAUCUGGUAAUUUAGGAUUUAGCAGAUUAAUCCCUUCCUGCAAUCUUGCCUGUAGAAAGCCCAGUUCUUAAUGCACCCUGGUCUUCCUGUUAAAUGCAUGAUGGUCUGUUUCAUUUUCCGUGCAGUAUCAUCAAGAUCAUUUUUCCGAAAGAGAUAUCAGUUGUAAUUACUACUGAAUACCUUUUAUUUCUUGUGGAUCAACGAACCAUAAAACCCUUGUUGCUGUUGGUUGCUUCCUUUAUACGCACAUGGAAAGCAUAUAAUUGCUAACUCCUGCAUGCUACACAUUUGCAAUUCCAUAUUGUCAUACCCAUAAUAUGCCAUUUCCUGCCCAUUAGCAUCAGCAUGAAUGCUUUGAUGGUAACCUGCUCUCAGAAUCCAACUAGGACCGAGAACAUUCACUCUAGAGCAUGCAGGAGCCAGCAAUAAUAAGUCAAUACCACAUCUAUAGCAAUUUUAUAUCAUUCACAUUAAAUUUAUGUGGCUGCUCUGUUGGGAGAUUUCACCUUUCCCAUUAGGACAUUUUCACUGGUGGGUAGGUGGUCCAAUGUAUUGUGUUCUUAUGUGAGAAUAUACAGAUGUAAAAGACCUUAUUUGUCUCCCUGGCCACUGCAUGCAUCGCCCUACUCUGUACAUAGCAUGGGGUAUUCAUGUACUGUGAGUAAUAAGUAUCUGUAUAUUUUGCAAAGGUGCCAGGCUUCCUCCCCAGCAGGGGUUUAUCUACGGAUUCAUAGUGCAGCCAGUGGCAGGUAUAAAGGACUGUAAACUUAGUGCAUUUCCACAGCGAGCGGACACAACACACAUACUCUGUGAAGAGUGCAUAUUUAUUAAUUUGCACACGCAAGGAUAGCAUGUAUUCCUGUGUAUCAUGGAAUGUGGUGUAUAAACAUUAUAAUGGAAGGAGAGGGAUGUAAAUGUAUUGUCCUGUGUUCCCAUAUAAAGGAAUAAUUAUGUGAAAGUUAGGACACCCUUGCCAAGCUAUAUUUUUAAUCAAUUUAUAUUUUAAAGGAAAAUAAAAAGCUUAACCACUGAACGGGUUUCAAUAUGAUAGGCCCCAACCGCAUAAAAUAUAAUCGCUCACCAUAAAGACCCCUAGGCCAGUGCUUUCUUGUGGCUGCUCUGAGCUGGGUGUAUGAUUAGUAGAGUAGAAGUGAGACUUAGAUGAGAAAAGUAAAAAUUUUGCACAUGAGCACAGCCCAGGGCAGCAGCAAGAAAGAUGGUGGUGCUGCGCUCAUUAUAAAAGAAUCCCGAACCAGUGCUUUUUUUCAGCAAAGAGGAGUGCAGGCCCAGAGCCUGAGGUAAGCAAUUAUAAUAGCUGGGGGAAGGGUGCCUAAGAAAUUGCCACCCCACAGUGAUGCUUUCAUUCUACUUUAACAGAUUAAUUGUGCUGGAUAAAAACUUAAUGGCAAUAUUGUACAUUUUACCAAACAGUUACUAUUUAUGGUCAAGGUGCCAUAACCCAUAGCAACCAAUAAGAUGUCUGCUUUUAAAUGGGUGACCAGUAAAUGCUACCCGCUAACCAGGGUCAGACUGGGCCGCCGAGACACCGAGAAAAAUCCCGGUGGGCCCCAGCAGCCCAGACCCGACCCUUGCCGGUGCUCCCCCUGUCCGACUGUUCCACCCCUGACGCGUUAAAUUUAUGCAGACUCGGGGAGGACGUUGGUGGGGGACCCUGCGGGGGGUUAGGGAGGCCCCUGGGGGGUGUUAUGGGACAUGGCCGGCGGGGGCACCUGCAGUGCCCCUGGGGCGGGAGACCUGGUGGGCCCUGCACCCCCCAGUCCGACCCUAUUGCUAACUGGUUACUAUAGGUGAUAAGAACUGUAGGAAACUUUGCUCCUUAAAUUGCAUAACCUGCCGCCCACCCCUGUUCUUCCUAACUCUACUUGUUUGAUUCAAUACUUCGGGGCAUAUUCAUUACAGUGUUUAAGCCAACAUCACCAAUGAUGUUGCCCAUAGCAACCAAUGAGCAAUUAGAAUUUAAUGGUCACCUACAAGGUAGAAAACAAAAGCAAAGAUCUGUUUGGUUGCUAAGGGCAACAUCACCGGUAAUUUUGGCUUACACGCUAUAAUAUAUAUGCCCCUACUUGUCUGAGAUCUCACCAUACUGUGCUGUGUAUUUCCCCACUAGGCACAGGACAACACUAUCUGCAAUAUGCAAUAAACUGUUUAAACAGACAGCAAAUGUAGCCAAAUAUACGGCACAAAAAGCUUAUCCUUAAGCUUCCUUUGACCAGUAAUAUACAGACAAGUAUGGAGAAAUUUAUAUAUAAAUGCAUUUAACGGUGUAUGAUCCAACAGAUGGGUAUAAAAUAUUACUGCCUAUUGAGGUACAUUUUUAUUUUCUUAUUUGCAACCCCCUCUCCAGCUAUACCAGAAGCAAAUAUUUCAUACUAAAUUAUUUGGUACUUGAUACUGGGAAUCAAGCUGUUGCCCAAUAAAUAUUUCAGCCCAACAAACAAUUGUAUAUGAGAACUGCAAUAAUCCAAUAGUUUCGCUGGUUUUACUUCUAACAUAAGAAUUUAAUUUAAAUUUAAGAAACAACGAUCCAUGUACACUAUAAAUUCUAAUUUUUAAAAUUAGACUUGUACUUCUAAACAAACUGGAGCAUUGGACAUAAAAUACCUUUUUGCUUGGAAGAGAAUCAGAUCUGUGUUGUUGUAAAACUACAACUCACAUCCCCAGCAUUCAACAGCUAGGAAGAGUAGCUCAACAGCAGUUGGCAGGCCACCGCUUGGAUAUAUAUCUAAUGCAGGGCUGUCAACCAACCUCAUGUCAUGAGGAAGAUAAUGAUCCAGUCCUGUUUUCUUCUUCUCCACACUAAAUUAUAAUAUGAAAUAAGGUCUCAAAUGCCUGGAAUGAAUCAGCUCUGCUCAUGAAUAUUUAGAAUAUCUAGCAGUUAUUAUGCAGUAUAAUCAUAUAUAUAUCUUUCAAGAUCAAGACCAGAGUAGUUACUGACAAUUUCAAUGGAGUAUAGGAAAAAAAAAGCCUGGUAGGAAUCAGCUUGAAUAUGCUUGUGUUUAUGCACUGGUGUAAUUAUACCACCUAGGGAAUUUUUAAAAAUGCCUCAUUUGGCAUUAGCCUAACACUCCAUAGGAAAUAAAUGUGUUUAACUGCUAAAAGAAGUUUAACAUUCUAAUGAAUUGACACAUUAAUCAGACAGAGAAAUGUUCCUAACAGACAACUCUUGAUAAAUCCUUAAAUAGAGUACACAGACUAAAUAGAGCUGCAAAUGGAUUAUUCCAUAGCAGGGACAACUUAAUCUAACUGAUCUAGAUACUACCCUUGCAUACUCUGUAAGUAUGUCUUUUACUGCAAGGAGAAAAAAGCAUAGAUGUGCAGAGUCACCAUUCAAGCUGCUAUGUAGUAGUACUGUGCAAUCAUUAUGUUUUGAAAGUUGUAUAUGUACUACUGGGCUUUUGUAGUAGUGUUAUCCAGAAAAUGUACACACAAAGGAAUACAUCAUUUGUAAAGGUAAAUUCACAUAACGUGACAUGCUAGCACACAGGUAAUGAGUAUAAAGGUAUCUUAAGAUAUGACCCUUGGUGGGGAGAGGUGAUGGUCACUCAAUAAUUUCUCUGAUACAGCAUUACCCAGCUAACUUCCGUAUAAACAUGAAACGUUACUAGCCUUUCCUGUAACCUUGUGUACAAUUAUUGUGCUGGUAUAAGCCUGUUACACCUAGUCUUACAAGCUCUGUGUACAGGAUAUGUGGAUGUAUAUCUAAUAAUAAACAGAUUUAUCUACUGA